AGUGGCAUCUUUUAGACAAACGCUUCGAUUCGAUAUUCAAUUGAAGCAGAUUGAAGAAUAACCUCACUUUUACAAGCAUUUUUUAGCCGAACAUUAAGUGUUCAGUUAAUGUUAUAAACUAUCCUGUUAUCUUACUUAAUUCGCUUAUUGCUAGUGCCAUAAUGUUUUCUUAUAGGCUUCUGUCGUUAGUUCCAAAGAAAAAUGUACCUGAAGGGCUCUUUAGUGGCGUGAAACGAUAUGCCUCCUCAACUAUGUCCCAACAGGAACCUGCCCGCAUCGAGAAAACAAUCAACAAUGUGACCCUGCUGGGCAGAGUGGGAGCGGACCCCCAAAGAAAGGGUUCAGACGAGCAUCCCAUUGCAGUAUUUUCCCUUGCCACACACACAAACUACCGAUACGAAUCUGGCGAGUUUCUGCAAAGAACCGAAUGGCACCGAGUGAUUUGUUUCAAGCCAGGGCUUCGCGAAAGUGUGCUAAACUAUUUGAAAAAAGGACAAAGAGUUCAUGUGUCAGGCCGAAUUACUUAUGGCGAAGUAAAGGGCGAAGACGGUGCAGCCAGAAGUACGACAGCAAUUGCAGCCGAUGAUAUCAUAUUUUUCCAUUCGCAAUAAGCUUUCAAUAGCAUACAGGCUGAAUUACCUCGAAAGUUUAACUCUUUGUUAUCAUCUGUGUUAACUUUAAGAUCUAAUAUUUUUUAAUUUCUAGUUUUGUAUUAUAUUAGAUAUUUUUAAAUAUAAGGCUCCCACCUCAA